AUGGCUUUCUUCCAGACUGUUGGUGGUGGUGUGGGGCAAGAGAGGGUGCCGGCGGAGCUGGAUGGUGGCGGACCUGCAGAGCAGGACAAAAACCAUUCCAACAGCAGCACCUUGUCCGACCGAAGACUCAGCAACUCCAGCCUUUGUAGCAUUGAAGAAGAGCACCGCACUGUGUAUGAAAUGGUGCAGCGGAUUCUCUUGUCAACACGAGGUUAUGUCAACUUUGUGAAUGAAGUCUUUCGUCAGGCAUUUUUGUUGCCUUCCUGUGACAUAGCUAUAACAAGGAAGGUAGUUCAAGUGUACAGAAAGUGGAUCCUCCAGGACAAACCUUUGUUCAUGGAAGAACCAGAUAAAAAAGAAGCUGCCCAAGAAGAUGCUGAAAAAUUAGGAUUUUCAGAGACUGACAGCAAAGAGACCUCAUCUGAAGGUUCUCGUCAUAAGCGAUCUUCCAGUUGGGGACGAACAUACUCCUUCACAAGCGCAGUGAGCAGAGGAUGUGUGACAGAAGAGGAAAAUAAGAACGUGAAAGCCGGGGCCCAGGCUAUGCUGCAGGUAUUUUUGACAAAUGCAGCAAACGUCUUUUUGCUGGAACCAUGUCCUGAAGUUCCCAUGCUCUUGAAAGAACAAGUUGAUGCCUGUAAAGCUGUUUUGAUUAUUUUUAGGCGCAUGAUAAUGGAACUUACAAUGAAUAAAAAGACAUGGGAACAGAUGUUGCAAAUACUACUAAGGAUAACAGAAGCUGUCAUGCAGAAGCCAAAGGAUAAACAAAUAAAAGACUUGUUUGCCCAGAGCUUGGCAGGGUUACUGUUUAGGACGCUCAUGGUGGCGUGGAUCCGAGCAAACCUCUGUGUGUACAUUUCCCGAGAGCUCUGGGAUGACUUCCUUGGCGUGCUGUCCUCCCUCACGGAAUGGGAAGAACUCAUAAACGAGUGGGCCAACAUCAUGGACUCCUUGACAGCAGUGCUCGCAAGAACGGUUUAUGGAGUUGAGAUGACAAACCUACCUCUGGACAAAUUAAGUGAACAAAAGGAAAAGAAGCAGCGAGGCAAAGGCUGUGUUCUAGAUUCUCAGAAAGGAACCACUGUGGGGAGAUCCUUUUCUCUCAGCUGGCGGAGCCACCCAGAUGUGACCGAGCCAAUGCGAUCUAGGAGUGCCACCACAUCUGGGGCACCAGGAGUUGAGAAAGCAAGAAAUAUCGUUCGCCAGAAAGCAACAGAAGUGGAAGAAUGUCAGCAGUCAGAAAAUGCACCUGCCGCCGAAUCUGGCUGCCUGGUGGCGGAGCAGCCGCACAUCACGCGGAGUAGCAGCACGCCUGACGUCAUGGAGCCGCCGUGCUCAGAUUCUCCGCAGGGUCAAAAGGUAGAAAAUGUACAGACUUUGAGUUCUUCAGAGUCCAAGCCUGUUCAAGAAAAUAAAGGACAUGUGAAGAAAGAACACGAAGGAAUAACAAUCUUAGUUCGAAGAAGCAGCAGCCCUGCUGAAUUGGAUUUAAAAGAUGAUUUGCAGCAGACACAAGGAAAAUGUAAGGAAACACAGAAGAGUGAAGGUAUCAGCAGUGACACAGCUCUGGGCUAUAACAAUGAGGCAGAGCUGUCCAUGAGCCCAUGGCUAACCUGUGAGGAAGACCCAGAACUGAACACUCCCACAGAUGCUGUGACUGACUCCGAUGCCCGCCAUUGGUUACAACUGAGUCCCACCGAUGCUUCGAACUUAACAGAUAGCAGUGAGUGCCUUGCCGAUGACUGUAGUAUAAUUGCUGGAGGGAACCUCACUGGUUGGCAUCCAGACUCUGCUGCUGUGUUAUGGCGAAGAAUCUUGGGAAUCCUCGGGGAUGUGAAUAAUAUCCAGUCACCCAAGAUUCAUGCCAAAGUGUUUGGCUAUCUCUAUGAACUCUGGUACAAACUAGCAAAGAUACGGGAUAAUCUGGCAAUAAGCCUGGAUAACCAAUCUUCUCCGUCUCCACCAGUCCUGAUCCCACCACUCAGAAUGUUUGCAUCAUGGCUAUUUAAGGCGACAACAUUGCCAAAUGAAUAUAAGGAAGGCAAACUACAAGCCUACAGACUGAUCUGUGCCAUGAUGACCAGACGCCAGGACGUUCUGCCAAACUCAGACUUCCUGGUGCAUUUUUACCUUGUGAUGCACCUGGGAUUAACCAGCGAGGAUCAGGAUAUCUUAAACACCAUUAUAAGGCACUGUCCACCCCGCUUCUUCUCCCUGGGUUUGCCUGGCUUCUCAAUGCUGGUGGGGGACUUCAUCACGGCUGCUGCCAGGGUCCUCAGUACAGACACGCCGGCGACACCUCAUUCAGAAGCUCUCACCAUUCUCGGUUCUCUUGUCUGCUUUCCAAAUACCUACCGGGACAUCCCUUUACUGCAGUCUGUGCCAGAAGUCAAGAAAGUCAUCACAGGAACUGAAGAUGUCAAGCAUUACCUCAUAAAUAUUUUACUGAAGAAUGCCACAGAGGAACCAAAUGAAUGUGCAAGAUGCAUUGCCAUUUGCUCCCUCGGGGUCUGGAUAUGCGAAGAGCUGGCACAGUGUACAAGCCAUCCUCAGCUGAAAGAGGCCGUCAAUGUGAUAGGUGUCACUUUGAAGUUUUCUAACAAAAUCGUGGCUCAGGUGGCCUGUGAUGUUCUUCAGUUGCUGGUUUCCUACUGGGAAAAGCUUCAGAUGUUUGAAACCUCUCUCCCUCGGAAAAUUGCAGAAAUCCUUGUGGCCACAAUUGCUUUUCUUUUACCAAGUGCAGAGUACUCCUCAGUGGAAACAGAUAAAAAGUUUAUUGUGUCCUUGCUACUCUGCCUCUUGGACUGGUGUAUGGCAUUGCCAGUGAGCACCCUUCUCCGCCCGGUGUCUGCGGUGGCCCUGGAGGGGCAGCACUCAUCCAGAGGCCCUUUGCUGGACUAUAUCUAUAGGGUUCUGCACUGCUGUGUUUGUGGCUCAAGCACAUACACCCAACAGAGUCACUACACACUGACCCUGGCCGACCUGUCCUCCCCGGAUUACGAUCCUUUCCUGCCACUGGCAAAUGUGAAGAAUUCGGAGCCAGUCCAGUAUCAUUCAUCAGCAGAUUUGGGCAACCUGCUCACAGUUGAAGAGGAGCGGAAGAGGAGGAGUUUGGAGCUGAUCCCUCUGACCGCCCGCAUGGUGAUGGCCCACCUGGUGAACCACCUGGGACACUUCCCGCUGCGUGGGGGCCCUGCCGUGCUGCACAGCCUGGUCAGCGAGAACCAUGACAACGCGCACGCCGAGGCCCCCGAGCUGUCCUCCGAGGUGUUCCGGAGCCCAAACCUGCAGCUCUUUGUGCUGAAUGACAGCACCCUCAUCUCCUACCUUCAGACGCCCUCUGAAGGGCCAGCAGGCGGCUCGCGGGGGGGCACCCUGUCAGACGUCAGAGUCAUUGUGCGGGAUAUCUCAGGGAAGUACUCUUGGGACGGGAAGGUUUUGUAUGGACCAUUGGAAGGCUGCUUAGCACCCAGUGGCAGAAAUCCUGCAUUUCUGAUUUCGGGCUGGCAACCUCAAGCUUUGGGAGCUCAGAAAGAUUUUUCUCAAAGUGAGGAGGGAGAUGACGUCCUCGACAAAUUACUUGAAAACAUUGGCCACACAAGUCCUGAAUGCCUUUUACCAUCACAGCUAAAUCUAAAUGAGCCCUCCCCACCCCCGCGGGGAAUGAACCGUGACCAGGAGAAGGAAAUCAUCGAGGUCAUUUUGCGCCAGAAUGCCCAAGAAGACGACUACAUCCAGAGGUGUAACUCUGACUCGGCCAUGAAAGUCACCAGCCAGGAGCAGCCCUCACCAGUAGAGCCGCAAGGACCCUUUUAUUUCUGCAGGUUGUUGCUCGAUGACUUGGGGAUGAAUUCUUGGGACAGAAGAAAAAAUUUCCAUCUGUUGAAGAAAAAUUCAAAACUGUUGAGAGAGCUAAAAAAUCUGGACUCCCGUCAGUGCCGUGAAACGCACAAAAUUGCAGUGUUUUACAUUGCUGAAGGUCAAGAAGACAAGUGUUCAAUCCUCUCCAAUGAAAGAGGAAGCCAAGCAUAUGAAGACUUUGUUGCCGGACUUGGAUGGGAGGUGGAUCUCUCAACCCACUGUGGGUUCAUGGGCGGACUUCAACGCAAUGGCAGCACGGGGCAGACCGCUCCUUACUAUGCUACCUCGACUGUGGAAGUGAUUUUCCAUGUUUCUACUCGGAUGCCAUCAGACUCAGAUGAUUCACUCACCAAAAAGCUCCGUCACUUGGGGAAUGACGAGGUCCACAUCGUCUGGUCUGAACACUCCAGGGACUACCGCAGGGGCAUUAUCCCGACCGCCUUCGGAGACGUUUCAAUCAUUAUUUACCCAGUGAAGAAUCACAUGUUCUUUAUCGCGAUCACGAAGAAACCCGAGGUUCCAUUUUUUGGGCCUCUGUUUGAUGGAGCCAUAGUGAGUGGAAAGCUACUGCCAAGCCUUAUAUGUGCCACGUGCAUCAAUGCCAGUAGGGCCGUGAAGUGCCUCAUCCCGCUCUACCAGAGCUUCUACGAAGAGCGAGCUCUGUACCUCGAAGCAAUAAUUCAGAACCACCGAGAAGUCAUGACGUUUGAGGAUUUCGCCGCCCAAGUCUUUUCUCCCUCGCCCAGCCCCUCCCUCGGCGGAACGGAUUAAAAUAUGUAAAGGUCUCAUUGCGAUGUUUGAGCAAGGGCCCUGGCCGCCAACCUGAGUGCCUACCUCAUGGCACCUCUUGACAAGGAGGAGAUGAAUGAGACUCCCCCUUCCCCCACCCCGAACCCCCAAACACAGAGACUUCGGGAAACAUCACUGCUCUGCUGGCCCUCGACACAUCUUCCCAUUAACGGACUUCCAAAGUUCAAGGUGAACCCCACCAAAAUGUCGCCGGUUGGACUUUCUCACUGGGCCAUGUCGUCUUGCCCUAGAACCUCACGAAACUUGAGCUUCCAAAGAAGAAGAGGGGAGGGUCACCACCACGCAGAGACAGACGCGCUCUCAUGGGCAUUGACGGGGCUGCUCUCCGCAGGGAUGGCAGGAGAAGAUUCUGGGCUUUCCGGAAGGGGUGGAGGGCAACUGGUUGCUGUACUCUGAGUUGUUUAUAAACCCAAGCAAGAUUCACAGAAGGGCUGGCAAAACAGCUGCUAAACUGAGGAAUUUUCUCUACAUUGAUUUCCCUAGUUCUUAUGUUAGAUUUUAUGGUUUACUCCAAAUUUCAUCAU